AUGAAAGAAGUGGAAGAUAAUAAAUGUAAAGCAACUCCAGUCGCAAUGGUAGCACCAGAAUUAAAGCAAAAUGCUGAAGCAGACACGGAAAUUACCAAAACCUGUGCAGUUUUAGGUUGUGAAGAAUCAAAAAACUUUAACUCGGACUCAUUUUUCAGAUUUCCAGAAGAUGCAAACCUGAGGCAAAUAUGGACAGACCUGACAGGCAGAAAUAAUUGGACACCAACUGACUUCUCAUAUAUUUGUGUGCAGCACUUCUCUGUAGAUUGUUUUGAAUGUGACUCUGAAAAUAGAGUUAUCUUGACAAGUAAAGCCGUACCAUCUUUAAAGUUGCCAAAUCAUGUUUUAGAGGUAGAGUACAUUGAUGAAGAGACGUUAGAUCAUGAAGAUGAUGAGGAAGAUGAGGAAUAUGAAAUGGAAUCAGAGGAGGAGCAUAGCAGUAAACCUAAUAAACAAAUAAGAGACAAGCACAUAUCAAAUGCUACCACUGAACAUGAUAAUGUAGAGUUAUUGAAGCUAUUCACAGAGGUACAAAGGAUGCAGAGGCAAGCAAUUGGCUUACGCGACAAACUUAAGUGCAACAUGAGGGUUUACAACAGACAGAAUAGCCCAGUGGUAAUACCGCCUCUCGACGCUAGAUGGCGCCGCUUCCUUUCGAGUUUCCUGCUAGAAAGGGAAGGCGCGAACGGACCGUGCCAAACAAAACAGCCGGUAGUGGUUCCGGCAGUACACUCGAUUCUCUCUAGACUCCAGUUCAGCGCCGCGUUUCGCCGUCAGCGGUCGUCCGUGCGGCGCGCUGCGAUCUCGAAACUUCGCGCGGAGCGACGUGUGAGCAUCUGUGAC